GUAUAAAAGAAAGUGGAUAAUGCCUACGCCGAGGCAGUCUCGUUUGGAGCCACUUUCAUUGCGCAUCAUCAUCUUCUGAUCUCUUCCACCCUGUACCACCACCACCCCCAUCCAGCAGCGGCACUUGAUCCAGCGCGACAACAACCAGAAAGAAGAAGAAGAAGCGGACAGCCCGUCGUUUAGACAAACAUGCAUUUUCGCGUUGUAGUAGUGUCAGUUGCUCUGGUUCUCCUGCUGGCCAUCACGUCCUCCGAGGCACAGUUUCAGCAACAAGAGCCACUGGAAUCAGGAGCCAUCGAUCCGGCUCAGCAGCAGCAGCAGGUAGCGCCGGAAGUCAAACCGCACGUUUCCAUCCUCAAGCAAAUCAACCAAAUCAACAAAGAUGGAUCGUACACUUAUGGUUUCGAGGCUUCGGACGGCAGUUUCCGAGUCGAGACCCGUGACGUCAACGGCCAUGUCAAGGGAAGAUACGGUUACAUUGAUGAAUUUGGCGAAGUGAAAGCGGUCGCCUACGAGUCGGGCACCAAGCAAGGAUUUGCGCCGAGAGGCCAGCACUUACCUGUACUCCCACGUCCGUCAAAGAGUGGCGGAAACAUCGGAGAAGAUGACGAGUUCGGUACAGACGAGGAUUGGAACAGCGUGGACGCUGAUCAGGACGGACAACCGGAUCCUCCUCGUCCAAAGGAUCAGAGACCAGUCGUCACUACCAAAGCCCCACGCGUGACACCACCCCCACAGGCUCGCCCAGCAGCACCGCCGGCCCGUCUCGAGCGACCUGAGCCUCCAGUUUUCAUUCCUGCCGAACCCGCCCCUGAACCGGAACGUCCAGCAGGUCGCCCAGCUUUUGUCGAAGCAGCCCCUCAACAAGAGCGUCCAGCUCCUCGUCCAGCUUUGAUCCCCGUCGAGGAAGUUCCCCGAUCGUUCCGUCCGUUCCAGCCAUUCCAGCAGCAACCGCCGCCUCAGUUUCAAUUCCAACAGCCGCAACAAUUCCAACUCCAGCCGCAGCAGUUCCGAUUCCAGCCGCCGCAACAGUUCCGCGACGACCGCGCGGAAGAGCAACAGCAGCAGUUCGUCGGUCCCAUCUUCCCACCUCAGUUCCGUUCCAUCCCGCCGGGAUUCCCUCAGCAGCGCAGUUUCAGUCCCGUUCCUUUCCCCUUCCAACAGCAGCCCCAGCCAACCAUCAGGGAGUAGAGGGCCCACACAAAAACAACUAAAUCAAAAUUUGAUGUCUUCAAUCCACAUUUCCCUCUUAAAUAACAUCGAAGGCGAGUAAAUCAUUCAAGACUUUUUUCUUCCCCAAAUGUACCUAAAAGUUUCAUUUCCGCCUCGUGAUUUUUACAUUCCUCACCCACUCCCGAAAUCGUACGCAACCUCAAUCCUUAUUCUGCCAGUGCGAGCAAUUACUACCAGUAUUAUAAAGUGAUGAAAUGGAGAAAUAUAAAAUAUAUCAUUUAGAUUUUAUGAAA